AUGGAGUUACUGCAAUGGCUCGGAGUUUUGGGACUGUUUUUGGCAAUUUUUCAUAUCUGCCUUGCUGUCUAUAACGUGUUCCUCCACCCUCUUCGAGCCUACCCUGGUCCAAAGCUAGAUGCAGCAUCUCAACUCGUCUAUGUCUAUCACAUGAUAAAGGGCGACAGUUGCAAGUAUAUUGCAAGCCUACACGAGAAAUAUGGCGAAGUCGUUCGAACAGGCCCGAAUGAAAUCUCAUACAUGACGGCUUCCGCGAACAAGACAAUUUUUGGAAACAAGACCACGGAAGACAGGGCAUUUGAAAAGAAUCCCGCUGUUUAUAUUCAAGGAUCUGGUGCAGCGCAGAACAUACUGUUCGCGAGUACUCGCGAGCAUCCGCGAUACAAAAAGCUCAUGGCUCCUGCAUUUUCGGAACAGGCUAUCAAAGAACAAGAGCCGAUGAUCCAAGAAUACACGAGUCUCAUGAUUGACGCACUGCGACACAAUCGGUCGGGAGAAGCUUACUAUCCUGAUGAGAACGGAGUUGUGAACAUGGGGGCGUGGGUCAAUUUCAUUAUCUUUGAUAUUUUGAGCGCCUUGUCCUUUGGAAAGCCAGUAGGCUGUCUCCCUUCUGCGGAUUAUCACCCCUGGGCGCUGAAGCCUUAUCAUCCUCUGCUGGAAAAGCUUAUCCCCGGAGAUAUCAGUAUACCAUAUCAAACUCAUAUGGAGAAUGCCCGAAAACAUUUGCGGGAGAGGGAGCAAGACAAAAGUAUUUCUCGUGCAGAUUUCGCCUCAUUUAUUCUGAAAGGGAUGACUGAAGACGAACUCCUUGACAACAUUAAUAUUUUAGCCACAGCAGGAAGCGAAACCACAGCGACAACUAUUUCUUCUGUCCUCUACUAUCUCGCUCAUAACCCGGAGGUUUACCAGAAGUUAGUGAGCGAAAUUCGAUCUAGCUAUUCCUCGGAAGAGGAGAUCACAUUCAAUUCGGUCAGCGGCCUCGGUUACCUCAAGGCUGUAAUCCAAGAGACCUUUCGCAUCCAUCCAUCUGUUCCAGUCGGCCUGCACCGCAUAACACCGAAAUCAGGCAGCUAUAUUGAUGGAAAUUGGGUACCGGGAGGGACAUGGGUUUCAGUGGCCCUCCUCGCAGCUUACAGAUCUCCAAGGUAUUGGCGCCGCCCAGAGGAGUUCAUCCCUGAGCGGUGGCUCGGAGACCCCGAAUUCGAAUCAGACAAUCGGCAAGUCUGGGCCCCCUUCUCUAUUGGACCGAGAAAAUGUGUUGGAAUAAAUUUGGCAUAUCUAAACAUGCGCCUGAUAAUUACUCGACUGCUCUGGAACUUUGACCUCGAAGCACAACCGGACAAUACCGACCCGCAUGAGAUGAAAGAGUUCGGGGUUUGGCAGGGACUAGUUCCCCUGAAUCUGAAAGUGCAUGACGUACGCUUUGGAAAAUGA